CUCGUCCGCCCCGUUCAACCCCCGUCGUCCGCGUUGAACUUCGCGCCGCGCCCGACGAGCUGCCAGCCGUCGAGGGGGCGUGUCGAAAGGGAUCCGAGGUGCCGCAGACCUUAGGGCCGCGACCGUGACGUAUAUAUGAGCAGAUGGGGAGCGGGCUUGGGAACGGCGCGCACGUUGCAAAGUCUAAUAAAUACCUGGCGCCACCGAACAGCGUCUGGGCUGUUCUCCUCGUUGUCUCCGACGUUCAUCUCGCCCGCGCGUCUAUCCCCCCUCAGCGUUCACUGCUCAUUCUCCCCUAUUGAUGACGGCCAAUCCUAUCGCGCCGCUGCUUGGUACUGUCUUCAACUCCAUCCUCGAGGUCUUCCUGCUAUGUUGUUGCGGAUAUGUGCUGGCUGGCAAGGGUGUGCUAGAUAAGAAGACGCAGAAGCAACUAAAUCGGCUGAACGUCUCACUCUUCACCCCUGCGCUGCUGUUCUCGAAGGUCGCAUUCUUCUUGUCGCCAGCCAAGCUUCGUGAACUAUGGGUCAUCCCUAUAUUCUUUGUGAUCGUCACCGUCGUCUCGAUGGUCGUUGCAUACGUCCUGGGGCUCAUUUUCCGCCUCAAGCGAUCGCAAAGAGCCUUCUCCAUGGCCUCCGCCAUGUUCAUGAACUCCAACUCCCUCCCCAUCGCCCUCAUGCAAUCCCUCGUCGUCACUGUACCAGGCCUCAAGUGGUACGAAGGUGACAAUAAGAACGCGAUGGUUGGCCGCGCCCUCACCUACCUCGUCCUCUACUCCACCCUCGGCAUGGUCCUUCGCUGGUCCUACGGCGUCCGUCUUCUCUCCCAAGCCGAUGAUGAGGUUGCCCCGCAACUAGAGGAUGGCGAGGCCGACGAGCGCACCCCGCUCCUUGUCGAGCGCCUUUCCUCGCAGCUGGAAAGCAACGGAAUGACGAGCGCGCCCCCGCCUGUUGUCGGUCGGCCCGGGAUGCCGGUCCGUCGGCGCACGACGUUUUACAAGUCCUUCCCCAACUCCCCAAAUGAGUCGAGCGCGGACUUGCCCUCCGUGCGCACUCCAGUUGCCUCCGGCUCGCCACUUCAGUCCUCCCCUACAAGCUCGGAUGACGAAUUCGAGGACGACACUGCCCCCGCCACGUCCGCAGGAUCGUCUACCACGCUCCCCCUGCACCACGACCCCGCCAAGCCCUUCUCCGAUGAGCCUCACGCCCACCAUCACCAUCACGAACAUGCCAGCACCGAACACCACUCGCACGGCUUCUUCCACCGCCUGCCGCGCUACCUGCGCCGCGCGUGGGCCGCGUUUAACGAGUUCAUGACCGUUCCGCUUUGGGCCGCGCUCGCCAGCGUCAUCGUCGCCUGCGUCCGACCACUUCAACAUACGCUCGAGGCGCACGUGCAGCCCAUCAAGGGCGCACUCACACAGGCCGGCAACUGCUCCAUCCCUCUCACCCUCGUCGUCCUCGGCGCGUACUUUUACAAGGAGCCGCAGGAGGGGCAAAGCGCGAGCAAGUCUAGCAGUAUCAAGGGAUGGGCGAGGAGCGUGAGGAAUGUCUUCCGCCCGGCGUGGUGGCGCGGGGAGCUUCAGGAGCGAAGGAGUAGCAGCAUUGUCAUCCGCGAGCCGGAGCCAAAGACGCCCGGGGAGACGAGGACGGUGGCCAUUGCAGUCUUGUCUCGUAUGGUCGUCACGCCGCUCGUGCUCAUGCCGCUGAUGGCGCUCGCGGCGAAGUACGACUGGCAUAGUGUCUUCGAAGACCCUGUCUUCGUCGUCGCCAACGUCCUGUUGGUCUCUUCCCCACCCGCCCUUACUCUCGCGCAGAUCACACAGGCAGCCUCGGGCGAUGCUUUCGAGCGCCUCAUCAGCCGCACGAUCUUCUGGUCGUAUUGCGUCGUCACACCGCCAGCGACGAUUGUCUACGUGUUGAUUGGCUUACUGUUGUCGAAGAUCUAAGGGGCGGUCGAGUGCCCUACUAAAUCCCUACGUAGCACCACGCAUCCUUUUUUCCACGUACCUUCCAUCUAUCGUCCCGCGCUUCUAUGGUGGUCUCAAGCUACCACGUAUAUACCACUCUUUCUUCACGGGACGACUCGGACUUCCGCAUCUCAUCUCGUUUGUAUCUACCUCCUAGGCACGUCGUGUAAUUUGGCUGUACUUAUUCGAUAGCUCUUCUCGCUAGCCGCUGUGUACCUUGGGUGUAUGAAUCGCCUAGCAAUGUGCAAUGUAGUGUUCGACCUCACAAAGGUGUGCCGGUAUCUCGGCGAUGGUUAAAGGUCGC